AUGCCUAAACACCUGAGUGGUAGUUCCUCUUCUGCUGCCCCCAAGAGAUCGCAUAAGUCUAUGUCCUUGAGGUCACCAAGACAAUUGUCUCUGGCCCAGCAAGCUGGAUUCAAUGAGGUUACAGAAGAGGAGGUUACUGAGCUCCUCGUCUUUCACGAGAAGGAGCUCAGCAUUGAGGAUCUGCUGGAGCUGGAGGAACGGAAGAAUGAGCAGGCAGCAGAGGAAUCACUACACACCUUCCCUACAUUGAAAACAUUCUGGGUAACGUGUGGACCUGCAGCCAGAUUGUUUUCGAUCUGGACCCUGAUGGUGAAUGCAGCUUCAAGCCAGAGUCUCUACCAGCCCCUCAACCAGAGUCUCCACCUGCCCCUCAGCCAGAGUCUCCACCUGCCCCUCAGCCAGAGUCCACCAGCCCCUAGCCAGAGUCUCUACCAGCCCCUCAGCCAGAGUCUCAACCUGCCCUCAGCCAGAGUCUCUACCAGCCCCUUAGCCAGAGUCUCCACCUCUCAGCCAGAGUCUCCACCUGCCUCAGCCAGAGUCUCUACCAGCCCCUUACCAGAGUUUCCACCUGCCCUCAGCCAGAGUCUCCACCUGCCCCUCAGCCAGAGUCUCCACUUGCCCCUCAGCCAGAGCCCGCCUGCCCUCAGCCCAGAGUCUUCACCUGCCCCUCAGCCAGAGUCUUCACCUGCCCUCAGCCAGAGUUUUCACCUGCCCUCAGCCAGAGUCUUCACCUGCCCUCAGCCAGAGUUUUCACCUGCCCCUCAGCCAGAGUCCCCACCCACCCCACAGCCAGAGUCUCUACCUGCCCUUCAGCCAGAGUGUUCACCUGCCCUCAGUCAAAGUCUCCACCUGACCUCAGCCAGAGUCUCCUUCCGCCCUCAGCCAGAGUCUCUCACCCACUCAGCCAGAGUCUUCACCUGCCCUCCAGCCAGACCAGAGUCUUCACCUGCCCCUCAGUCAAAGCCUCACCUGCCCCUCAGCCAGAGUCUCCACCUGCCCCUCAACCAGAGUCUCCUUCCGCCCUCAGCCAGACUCUCCACCUGCCCCUUCAGCCAGAGUCUCCAACUGCCCCUCAGCCAGAUUCUCCAUCUGACUCCUAGCCAGAGUCUCCACUCACCCCUCAGCCAGAGUCUCUACCAGCCCCUAGCAGAGUCUUCACCUGCCACCAGCCAGACUCUUCACCUGCCCUUCAGCCAGAGUCUCCAACUGCCCUCAGCCAGACCAGAGUCUCCACCUGCCCCUCAGCCAGGAGUCUCUUCCGCCCCUCAGCCAGAGUCUCCACCAACCCCUCAGCUAGAGUCUCCACCUGCCCCUCAGCCAGGAGUCUCCACCUGCCCUCAGCCAGGUCUCCACCCACCUCAGCCAGAGCUCCCACCCACCCCUCAGCCAGAGUCUCCACUGCCUCAGCCAGAGUUCCACCUGCCCUCAGCCAGAAGGUCUCCACCAGCCCUUAGGCAGAGAGUCUCCACCUGCCCUCAGCUAGAGUCUCCACCCGUCCUUCAGCCAGAGUUUCCACCUGCCCCUCAGCCAGAGUCUCCACCUGCCCUCAGCCAGAGCUCCACCUGCCCCUCAGCCAGAGUCUUCACCUGCCCCUCAGCCAGAGUUUUCACCUGCCCUCAGCCAGAGUCUCACCUGCCCCUCAGCCAGAGUUUUCACCUGCCCCUCAGCCAGACCAGAGUCUCCACCUGCCCCUCAGCCAGAGUCUUCACCUGCCCUCAGCCAGAGUCUCCACCUGCCCUCAGCCCAGAGUCUCCACCACCCCCAGCCAGAGUCUCACUGCCCCUCAGCCAGAGUCUUCACCUGCCCUCAGCCAGAGUCUCCACCUGCCCUCAGCCAGGAGUCUCCACCCACCCUCAGCCAGAGCCUCACCUGCCCCUCAGUCAAAGUCUUCACCUGCCCUCAGCCAGAGUCUCCACCUGCCCCUCACAGAGUCUCUUCCGCCCUCAGCCAGACUCUCCACCUGCCCUUCAGCCAGAGUCUCCAGCUGCCCUCAGCCAGAUUCUCCAUCUGACCCUCAGCCAGAAUCUCCACUCACCCCUCAGCCAGAGUCUCUACCAGCCCCUUAGCCAGAGUCACCUGCCACCUCAGCCAGACUCUCCACCUGCUCAGCCAAGAGUCUCCAACUGCCCUCAGCCAGAGCUCACCACCCCUCAGCCAGAGUCUCCACCUGCCCCAACCAGAGCUUCACCUGCCCCUCAGCCAGAGUCUUCACCUGCCACCUCAGCCAGAGCCUCCACCUGCCCUCAGCCAGCCCCCACCCACCCCUCAGCCAGAGUCUCACCUGCCCUCAGUCAAAGUCUUCACCUGCCCCUCAGCAGAGCUCCACCUGCCCCUCGCCAGAGAGUCUCUUUCCCCCCUCAGCCAGAGUCUCCACCCACCCCUCGGCCAGAGCUCCACCUGCCCUCAGCCAGAGCCCCACUGCCCCUGCCAGACCAGAGUCUCACCAGCCCCUCAGCCAGUCUCCACGUGCCCCCAGCAGAGUCCCCACCAGCCCCUAGCAGCUCUCACCAGCCCCUCAGCCAGGUUUCCACCUGCCCCUCAGCAGUCUCUACCCAGCCCCAGCCAGAGUUCCACCCACCCUCAGCCAGAGUCCUACCAGCCCCCAUGAGCUCCACCUGCCCUCAGUCAAAGCCCCACCUGCCUCAGCCAGAGUCUUCACCUGCCCCUCACAGACCAGAGUCUCCACCUGCCCUCAGCCAGAGUCUCUACCAGCCCCUUAGUCAGAGUCCACCUGUCCUCAGCCAGAGUCUCCACUGCCCCCAUUCUUUCUUAGCCAGAGUCUCCACCUGCUCCUCAGCUAGAGUCUCCACUCUGCCCCUGGCCAGUCUCCACCCACCCUCAGCCAGAGCUCCACCCAGCCCCACAGAGUCUCCCCACCUCAGCCAGAGUCUCCACCUGCCCUCAGCUAGAGUCUCCACCCGUCCUUCAGCCAGAGUUUCCACCUGCCCCUCACAGAGUGUCCACCUGCCCCUCAGCCAGAGUCUUCACCUGCCCCUUAGCCAGAGUUCUUCACCUGCCCUCAGCCAAAGUCUUCACCUGCCCCAGCCAGAGUCUUCACCUGCCCUCAGUCAAAGUCUCCACCUGACCCUCAGCCAGAGUUCUUCACCUGCCCCUCAGCCAAGUCUUCACCUGCCCCUCAGCCAGAGUCUCCAUCUGCCCCUCAGCCAGAGUUCUUCACCUGCCCCUCAGCCAGAGUCUUCACCUGCCCCUCAGCCAGAGUCUUCACCUGCCCCCAGCCAGAGUUCUUCACCUGCCCCUCAGCCAAAGUCUUCACCUGCCCCUCAGCCAAAGUCUUCACCUGCCCCCAGCCAGAGUCUCACCUGCCCCUCAGUCAGUCUCCACCUGCCCCUCAGCCAGAGUUCUUCACCUGCCCAGUCUUCACCUGCCCCUCAGCCAGAGUCUCCCCUGACCCUCAGCCAGAGUCUGCUUCCGCCCCUCAGCCAGAGUCUCCACCUGCCCCCAGCCAGAGUCUUCACUUGCCCUCAGUCAAAGUCUCCCCUGACCUCAGCCAGAGUCUUCACCUGCCCUUCAGCCAGAGUCCACCUGCCCCUCAGCCAGACUGGAAUGCCUCUGAGUCAGAACUCUCCAAUAGCCGGCAUUGGCAUUUGCUUGGAAUUUUAA